AUGCGCGCUGCGCCGCCAUGUCGCGGGCGAGCGGCUCCGCGCCGGCCGGCUGCGCCAAGGAGAAGCGCUCCUUCAGCAAGCGGCUCUUCCGCGGGCGGGCGGCGGGCGGCGGCGCGGGGUCGGCCCCGGCUCCCCCCGCUCCCCCCGCCGCCGCCCCGGCCCCGGCCCCGGCCCCGGCCCCGGCCGGGCGGUCGCUCGGCGGGUUCAUGAGCCGCGUGUUGAAGACCCUCUCCACCCUCUCGCACUACAGCAGCGAGCCCGAGCCCCGCGGCCCGCACGCCCCGCGCCUGCCCCCGCCGCAGGCGGCCGGCGGCCUGGGCAGCUGCUUCCCGCCGGGCCCGCCGCGCAGCCCCGAGCCCCCGCCGCGGCCCGCCGGCGGCCCCGAGGCCGUGCCCGGCGUGGCGGGGCUGCGCAACCACGGCAACACCUGCUUCAUGAACGCCAUCCUGCAGUGCCUCAGCAACACCGAGCUCUUCGCCGAGUUCCUGGCGCUGGAGCAGUUCCGCGGCGGGCAGCCCCCCGCCGCCGACCGCCCGCCGCCCGGCCCCGGCGAGGUCACCGAGCAGCUGGCGCAGCUGGUGCGGGCGCUCUGGACGCUGGAGUACACCCCGCAGCACAGCCGCGACUUCAAGAACAUCGUGUCCAAGAACGCGAUGCAGUACCGCGGGAACGCCCAGCACGAUGCACAGGAGUUCCUGCUUUGGCUUCUGGACAGAGUCCACGAAGACCUGAACAACGUAGUGAAUUACAGUGGCGUGCCCCCGCUCAAGCCACCGCUGGAGGAUGAUGUGCUGCUCGAGGGACCCGCCUUUCCAAUCAGUAGUACUUUCGUGCAGGAACUCUUUCAAGCCCAGUACAGGUCCUCUCUGACCUGCCCUCAUUGCCAGAAGCAGAGUAACACCUUUGACCCUUUUCUCUGCAUCUCUCUGCCGAUUCCUUUGCCUCAUACACGGCCGCUCUACGUCACCGUGGUGUACCAGGGGAAGUGCUCUCACUGCAUGCGGAUCGGGGUGGCGGUGCCCGUCUCCGGAACGGUGGCCAGGCUGCGGGAGGCUGUCUCCUCUGAAACCAAGAUACCCACGGAGCAGAUCGUGCUGACGGAGAUGUACUAUGAUGGGUUUCAUCGUUCCUUCUGUGAUACUGAUGACCUGGACACCAUUCAUGAAAGCGACUGCAUUUUUGCCUUUGAGACCCCAGAGAUAUUUAGGCCCGAGGGUAUACUCAGUCAGAGAGGAAUACAUGUGAACAAUAACCUGAAUAACUUGAAAUGUGGCACUGAGCACUCCCGAACAAUAUCUUACUCUCAAGGAACAGUGAAGUCUGGAAAACUGGAACAGUCCUCUACUAAAGCAGCAGCAAGCGACAAGAUUGUCUUGCUGGUGUGUAACCGAGCGUGCACUGGGCAGCAGAGCAAAAGGUUUGGCUUGCCUUUUGUGUUGCAUUUGGAAAAAACAAUUGCUUGGGAUAUUCUGCAGAAGGAAAUUCUGGAGAAGAUGCAGUAUUUCCUGCGGCCUGCAGCCUGCAUGCAGGUUUGCCCGUUCAGCUUGCGAGUGGUCAGUGUUGUGGGCAUAACAUACUUGCUACCUCAGGAGGAGCGACCCCUCUGCCAUCCGACAGUGGAAAGGGCAUUGAAGUCAUGUGGACAGGGGGGAACUGCUCAUGUGAAAUUAGUGGUGGAAUGGGACAAAGAAACUAAAGAUUACUUGUUUGUGAAUACGGAAGAGGAGUAUAUUCCAGACUCCGAAAGCGUCCGCCAGCAGAGAGAGCUUCAUCAUCAACCUCAGACCUGCACUUUAUCUCAGUGUUUCCAACUGUACACCAAAGAGGAACAGCUUGCCCCCGAUGACGCGUGGCGGUGCCCACACUGCAAGCAGCUGCAGCAGGGAAGCAUCACACUGAGCCUCUGGACCUUACCUGAUGUUCUCAUCAUACAUCUCAAAAGGUUUAGGCAGGAAGGAGACCGAAGGAUGAAACUUCAGAACAUGGUUAAAUUCCCCCUGAGUGGCUUGGACAUGACUCCUCAUGUUGUUAAACGCAGUCAGAGCAGCUGGAGUCUGCCAUCGCACUGGUCACCCUGGAGGAGACCUUACGGUCUCGGAAGGGAUCCUGAGGACUAUAUCUAUGACCUGUAUGCUGUCUGCAAUCAUCAUGGCACCAUGCAAGGGGGACAUUAUACAGCAUAUUGCAAAAACUCGGUUGAUGGCCAGUGGUACUGCUUUGACGACAGUGAUGUUCAGCAACUUUCUGAAACCGAAGUCUGCAAGCAGACAGCUUAUAUUCUUUUCUACCAGAGACGCACAGCAAUCCCAUCAUGGUCUGCUAACAGCUCUGUGGCAGGCUCCACAAGCUCCUCGCUCUGCGAGCACUGGGUCAGCCGUCUUCCUGGGAGCAAGCAGCCCAGCAUCGCUUCGGCAGCGUCAUCGCGGCGCACCUCGCUGGCCUCGCUCUCGGAAUCGGUAGAGCUGACUGGGGAGAGGAGCGAAGACGAUGGAGGAUUUUCAACUCGGCCGUUUGUAAGAAGUGUCCAGCGUCAGAGCUUGUCAUCCAGGUCCUCUGUCACCAGCCCCCUGGCAGUGAGUGAAAACGGUGUCAGGCCCUCGUGGUCACUCUCCGCAAAACUGCAGUUGCGCUCCAACUCUCCGUCACGCUUCUCCGGAGAUUCCCCCGUACAUACCUCGGCUUCCACCCUGGAGAAGAUCGGGGAGGCUGCUGAUGAUAAAGUCUCCACCUCCUGCUUCGGCAGCCUGAGGAAUCUCUCUAGCAGCUACUUGGAGCCCUGUGAUGGCAGUCGGCGAGAGCACAGGACGGCUCGCAGAGCUCCUCUGGCUGUCAUGGAAGGGGCAUUCAGGGAGGAGUCUGUUAUAAGGACAUCCAGCUCAGAUCUUUCAGACGGGUGUGGUAAAAGCUCUGUGCAGCCAGACGGGAAUUACCCUGCUUUGGACCCUUUUGAUAACAACAAUCAAAUCGCCUUUGUUGAUCAGAGUGAUUCUGUGGACAGCUCUCCAGUCAAGGAGGUGAAAGCCCUCAGUGGGACGGGGCUGGCUGCAGCGAAGUCAGAUGGCACCCCUAAGAAGGUUCACAGCUCCAAGGGCGUUUCUGAGCCAGACAAAAGUUUGAGGAAGGGAAGGACAGUCUUACCUACCCAAGAGGCCAAAGUCUCUCACUCUUCUCCUCCUCCACUAAAGAGUUCCCAGAAAGCUUCCCGAUCUAGAAGCAGGGCGGACUCCUCUAGAGCCAGUGGGCGACAUGGGUCUCCUGCUCCCACUCAGGUGAGGAAGGACCACAGCACGAAGCCCCUUGAGGUGGCUGUCCCAUCGGCUCAACAGAAGCAAAAGUCAGGUUCUUCUCCAUCCUCCACAGCUGCCAAGAAGCCCCCAUCAGGCUCAUUGACUAAGGGGUCUUCUGCUGGGAAGGGCCGGGCUUCAGACCGCAGCCUCAGCAGGGAGGGCUCCAAGAUAAGCCUGGGGUCAGACAAAACGAGCGUUACCAGCAGUUCAAGGACAAGCUCCCCACGGAUAAGCCACUCCAGGAGUGACAGCAGGGCCGUAGACAGCAAGCACGUGCGGAGUUCCUCUAUGGCCAACCUGCGGUCUCCAAAUGUUGGCGUGCGUUCUGGUUUGAAGAGGGACAGCAAGUCAGAAGAGAAAGGCUUGUCUUUCUUUAAAUCGGCCUUAAGGCAGAAGGAGACCCGGAGGUCAGCAGACCUGGGAAAAACAACGAUGCUCUCAAAAAAGGCAGGGAGUGGCAGUUCCAAGUCGGGCAGUAAAAGUGUGCUGGAAGACAAAUCGGAGAAAGGUGUUGUCCCACCAGCCUCUCAAACCAAUGCCAAUGUUACUGCAAAAGAAAAACUUGUCCCAAAAGAUGCCACACCCAACAAACAUUCUCUGCUAUCCAGUCGCAAGUCCAAGUCUUCCCAGCUAGAUCCCGGAGUCCAGCCUCCUCCUUCCAGUGGCAAGCAGGCUGCUGACAAGCCGCUGAAAAAAUUACCUUCCAGCAUGCAGGUGUCUGUACGGCCUUCUCUGGAACCUCAGUGAAAUGCUGCAAUCCAGGGAAAACCUGAUCAGUGUUCUGUAUGUAGCCUGGCAUUUUCCAUGUAACUUUAAUGAUGUGUUCUACGCGGUGAGAAGAGGCAGUCACCUGUAGCUGUACGAGCACUCAGAAAAAGAGGUUUUUGUUGAAUUUCCGUGCUAAGGCAGCAGUUUCCAGUGGUCAGCGUGCCGCCCGUACCGGUAGCGGGGCUUCUGCCUGCCGUCCCGGGAGGAGCCGCGCUUCCCCUCCGGGCCGCAGGACCGCGGCGCGUGAGCCGAGCUCCCGUGGGGCAGGGCCGUGGGGCAGGGCCGUGGGGCCCAUGGGGCAGGGCCGUGGGGCAGGGCCGUGGGGCAGGCCGGCCAGGUCUCGGUCUCGAGCAGCACGCUUGAGGUGCGGGACCCCCCUGUGCCCCCCGGCAGCAGCGGUGAGUGGCCGGGCGUCGGGCAGGUUCUGUGCCCGUCCCCCCAUGGUCGGCCGGCACGGAGGGGUUUGGAAACUACAUUCCAAAUAAUUUUACCUUUUUUUUGUUUCUAUCUUUUGUCAUUUGCCUACUAAUCCAAAAUAAUUUGGCAGUAUCUAAUGUUAUCUGAGGAGGGAACUGAAAUUUAGUUUUAAUCUGUGGUGAGAUGAAAGUACUACACGGUUUUCUUAAUAAAAGCACCAUAAAGCAUUUACUAUUAGGAGCUUUAUUUUGUAAAAUAAAAGUACCUGAAGGCUUGUACGAUAUCUAUAUUAGGUCUACAGGUUUAGGGAGUCUUCUGUUUUUUUAAAGGCGAUAGCACUCAAUUUAUCUGCAAAUAGUGUUUUUUAAAAGACACAGAUUAAAACUAAGUGUAAACACAAAUUCUGUUUCACUCUAGGCCCUGCAGCACAAACGCGUUGCAAGAAAGUUAGCGUUAGGCUUGUGUGGCAUUUGUGCAGUGCAAUAAGAAACCAUUUUUAGGUGCUACAUUGCCUUGGGUAGGGUGACGCAAGGGAAUACAGGCUACAAGUGGCUAGAUUAUUUUCUUGUGGCCUUCCAAGUAUUAAUUUGUACAGAUUUGCUCACCAACUGUGCCUCACCAUUGGUUAAAAUUGAAUUUUAAGUCCUGUUGCAAAUGCAGUUUCUCUUCUGGACACAAUGUCAGAUUUUACACUGGAAUAUCUACAGUUCUAAAAACUGCAUGUCACAUCACUGUACACUGAUACUGGGACGUGGGGCUUGCCCACACCUUUGAUAUUCUCUUCUGUAUUUUAAUGUUUUUGAACUGUACAGUAAUCUGGAAGGCAGGCUGUCUUUACUUGGGAUUGAACAUUGUACCAUAAAUUUUAAAUUAUUUGAGGACAAGUGCAUGAGACUGUGUCAAUGCCUUUUAUUAUUUAUUUGUAUGUUUUAUUAUUCAAGGUGUAUGCACUUUUAAUAUGCAGAAUUUAUAUUUUUAUGUUAAAAAUCAUUUUCUUUCAGAAAGAAGAGUUUGAAUAUGAGGAAUUGGAAUUAAGUGCAAAAAGGGGACUAUGUAAUAAAAUACAAUAAAUUUAUUACUAGGC